AUGGCGCCAUCACAUUCUGCUAGCAAACGGAAAGCUGGGGAAGCACCCAUUUCGCCCCCUCCUAUCAAACGGUCUCUGCAGAGCACAACGACUAAGUCAGCGGUAGCCAACUUUUUUACUCCAACUUCACAAAAGCCUAAGGAUCGAACGACUUGGUCUGAACGCGGUCCGAAUGACGAUGUUCCUGCCACAUUGCUAGUCGGUCGAUAUGUACCUGAGGCACACAAUUCCGGGCAGAAGCCCAGAAGAAAGAUUGCAGCAUUCGACUUGGAUUCUACUUUGAUCACGACCAGCUCUGGAAAGAAACAUGCGAGUGAUGCGACAGAUUGGAAGUGGUGGCACCCACAAGUUCCCGGGAUUCUCCAAAAAUUAUACAAGGAGAAGGACUAUCAAGUUGUCAUUUUAUCCAACCAGGGAGGAAUGACGUUGCAUUUCGAUCCAUCAUAUAAAGGCCCAAAGGCAAAUGUCCAGAAGCGAGUUACCGAAUUCAAGCAAAAGUGCAGUGCUAUUCUCAACAGUCUUGAUAUCCCGAUAAGUGUUUACGCCGCAACCGAAAGGGAUAUUUACAGGAAACCUAACACAGGAAUGUGGAAGGAAGUUUGCGAAGACUACGACAUCCCAGAAAACGAGGUCGACUUGGAACACAGCUUCUUCGUGGGCGAUGCGGGCGGUCGAGUUGCUGGUCUCAGCGGUUCUGGUAGUGAGGGUCUCGUGGCAAAAGCCAAAGACUUCAGCUGCUCGGAUAGGAACUUUGCCCACAAUGCGGGAAUUACUUACAAAACUCCAGAGGAAUAUUUUUUGGGGGAAAAGCCAAGGGACUUUGCUCGAGAUUUUGACGUCGCACAAUUUCCAUUUGACGAGGCGGUAUCUUCGUCUGAGGGACCUUCUAAAGUGUUUGAAAGGAAGAAUGAAAAGGAUGUGGUAUUAUUCUGCGGGCCACCGGGAGCUGGAAAGAGCACAUUCUUUUGGAGGUAUCUCAGGCCAUUAGGGUAUGAGAGAGUCAACCAGGACUCUCUUAAAAGCCGGGAUAAAUGUCUUCAGGCUGCCAGGGAGUUAUUGUCUGAGGGAAGCUCCGUCGCUGUUGAUAAUACGAAUGCUGACCCUGAAACACGCGCGUUGUGGGUGGAUAUUGCGUCCAAAGCGAAGGUCCCCAUCCGAUGCGUUUGGUUCAAGACACCGCUUCAUAUUUGUGAGCACAAUGAUGCAGUUCGAGCUCACAAUCAGUCGUUAAAUCCGGAAGCAAGGCAACGCCUACCAAAACUAGCCUUCACGGGCUUCGCCUCGAGAUAUAAAGCACCACAAAUCAAGGAGGGGUUUCAAGACAUAGUAGAAUUAGAGUUCAAGUUCCUUGGGACGAAGAAGGAGCAUGAUAUCUGGGCACGAUAUUGGGCGUAG